GUUGUGUGGCCAUGGGAAUAGCUCAACUUCUCUUGUGGACUGGAAUUACUCGGCAUCCAUCACGGUGGAAGAUGUGUGGGUUCAAGGAUAGCCAUGCCAUGGCAGAGGAGUUCUCUGUGUCAACUGGGUUUUGCUUGGGAAGGGAUGAGAUGAGAUGGGUCAACUAG